AUGUCCCAACCGCCGAUGGCCACCAAGCAAACCCAGAUGCCGACACUCAUGAGGCUGGGGGUUUCUGGCCAGCAGAACCCACCCAGGCGAAACUCAGUGAUUGAAUUCGACUUUAUGCAAGAAGAAUCGCUCUUCAGUGAUAUACCCAAUCCGUUUUGGGAACUCGAAGCAAUGUCCGAGUCGUCGUUUACGAGCGUCGAGAACUUACAGCGAACUUCAAGUACUCUCAAGGACUUACAAGCAUCAGCGAUCGUGUCUAACCUUAUUUGCUUCCUGACAGAAUGUGGGGACCUGCUCCACGUUUUCUCCGGGCGUGGGGUAACAACGAAGGACUUGUACUCCUGUAUCGCCUUCACCCAGGGAGGAUCCGAGGCUAAAACCCUGGUGAACUCUUGUGUACAACGUCUCAAGAGUUAUGAUGCAUCUCAGAAUCCGCCUACAGCAGGAAUUAUAUCUAUUGUAGAGAGAUUCGUCGCGCUCGGGUACCUGCAGACUCCAGAAGAGCUACGAAAGUAUAUGCUUUGCGUGGGACGGAGUUUUGCCAGUCAGUCUGUGAGUCAACAGCUACCGUCAUCAGACCUCCAACGCCUCCACGUGGAGGAGGCCGACGAAGGGGACCAGCGCCCAGAUUGA